AUGUGCGAUUCACUGUUGGCGGCUGACAGUACCAGUCAGAUGGGCCAGUGGUUGGUCUCACUGGUGUACGAAUACCCACGCACCCCACACACACUCAUACACACGAUCCCCAAGCCAGACAAGAAACCGCCCGAUUCCGCCCAGGAGCAGCCCGCCACCCCGCUCCAACCACCACGUCCGGCAAUACACCACAAGGCAAAGCUCAGGAACAGCCCGCCACCCCACCACCCCGCUCCAACCACCACGUCCGUCAAUACACCACAAGGCCAAGCUCAGGAACAGCCCGCCACCCCACCACCCUGCUCCAACCACCACGUCCGCCAAUACACCACAAGGCCAAGCUCAGGAGCAGCCCGCCACCCCGCUCCAACCACCACGUCCGCCAAUACACCACAAGGCCAAGCUCAGGAGCAGCCCGCCACCCCGCUCCAACCACCACGUCCGCCAAUACACAACAAGGCCAAGCUCAGAAGCAGCCCGCCACCCAGCACCAAGCACCACGUCCGCCAAUACACCACAAGGCCAAGCUCAGGAGCAGCCCGCCACCCCGCUCCAACCACCACGUCCGCCAAUACACCACAAGGCCAAGCUCAGGAGCAGCCCGCCACCCCGCUCCAACCACCACGUCCGCCAAUACACCACAAGGCCAAGCUCAGGAGCAGCCCGCCACCCCGCACCAACCACCACGUCCGCCAAUACACCACAAGGCCAAGCUCAGGAGCAGCCCGCCACCCCGCUCCAACCACCACGUCCGCCAAUACACCACAAGGCCAAGCUCAGGAGCAGCCCGCCACCCCGCUCCAACCACCACGUCCGCCAAUACACCACAAGGCCAAGCUCAGGAGCAGCCCGCCACCCCGCUACAUCCACCACGUCCGCCAAUACACCACAAGGUCAAGCUCAGGAGCAGCCCGCCACCCCGCUCCAACCACCACGUCCGCCAAUACACCACAAGCCCAAGCUCAGGAGCAGCCCGCCACCCCGCUCCAACCACCACGUCCGCCAAUACACCACAAGGCCAAGCUCAGGAGCAGCCCGCCACCCCGCUACAACCACCACGUCCGCCAAUACACCACAAGGUCAAGCUCAGGAGCAGCCCGCCACCCCGCUCCAACCACCACGUCCGCCAAUACACCACAAGGCCAAGCUCAGGAACUGCCCGCCACCCCGCUCCAACCACCACGUCCGCCAAUACACCACAAGGUCAAGCUCAGGAACUGCCCGCCACCCCGCUCCAACCACCACGUCCGCCAAUACACCACAAGGCCAAGCUCAGGAGCAGCCCGCCACCCCGCUCCAACCACCACGUCCGCCAAUACACCACAAGGCCAAGCUCAGGAGCAGCCCGCCACCCCGCUCCAACCACCACGUCCGCCAAUACACCACAAGGCCAAGCUCAGGAGCAGCCCGCCACCCCGCACCAACCACCACGUCCGCCAAUACACCACAAGGCCAAGCUCAGGAGCAGCCCGCCACCCCGCUCCAACCACCACGUCCGCCAAUACACCACAAGGCCAAGCUCAGGAGCAGCCCGCCACCCCGCUCCAACCACCACGUCCGCCAAUACACCACAAGGCCAAGCUCAGGAGCAGCCCGCCAUCCCGCUACAUCCACCACGUCCGCCAAUACACCACAAGGUCAAGCUCAGGAGCAGCCCGCCACCCCGCUCCAACCACCACGUCCGCCAAUACACCACAAGCCCAAGCUCAGGAGCAGCCCGCCACCCCGCUCCAACCACCACGUCCGCCAAUACACCACAAGGCCAAGCUCAGGAGCAGCCCGCCACCCCGCUACAACCACCACGUCCGCCAAUACACCACAAGGCCAAGCUCAGGAGCAGCCCGCCACCCCGCACCAACCACCACGUCCGCCAAUACACCACAAGGCCAAGCUCAGGAGCAGCCCGCCACCCCGCUCCAACCACCACGUCCGCCAAUACACCACAAGGCCAAGCUCAGGAACUGCCCGCCACCCCGCUCCAACCACCACGUCCGCCAAUACACCACAAGGUCAAGCUCAGGAACUGCCCGCCACCCCGCUCCAACCACCACGUCCGCCAAUACACCACAAGGCCAAGCUCAGGAGCAGCCCGCCACCCCGCUCCAACCACCACGUCCGCCAAUACACCACAAGGCCAAGCUCAGGAGCAGCCCGCCACCCCGCUCCAACCACCACGUCCGCCAAUACACCACAAGGCCAAGCUCAGGAGCAGCCCGCCACCCCGCACCAACCACCACGUCCGCCAAUACACCACAAGGCCAAGCUCAGGAGCAGCCCGCCACCCCGCUCCAACCACCACGUCCGCCAAUACACCACAAGGCCAAGCUCAGGAGCAGCCCGCCACCCCGCUCCAACCACCACGUCCGCCAAUACACCACAAGGCCAAGCUCAGGAGCAGCCCGCCAUCCCGCUACAUCCACCACGUCCGCCAAUACACCACAAGGUCAAGCUCAGGAGCAGCCCGCCACCCCGCUCCAACCACCACGUCCGCCAAUACACCACAAGCCCAAGCUCAGGAGCAGCCCGCCACCCCGCUCCAACCACCACGUCCGCCAAUACACCACAAGGCCAAGCUCAGGAGCAGCCCGCCACCCCGCUACAACCACCACGUCCGCCAAUACACCACAAGGCCAAGCUCAGGAGCAGCCCGCCACCCCGCACCAACCACCACGUCCGCCAAUACACCACAAGGCCAAGCUCAGGAGCAGCCCGCCACCCCGCACCAACCACCACGUCCGCCAAUACACCACAAGGCCAAGCUCAGGAGCAGCCCGCCACCCCGCUCCAACCACCACGUCCGCCAAUACACCACAAGGCCAAGCUCAGGAGCAGCCCGCCACCCCGCUCCAACCACCACGUCCGCCAAUACACCACAAGGCCAAGCUCAGGAGCAGCCCGCCAUCCCGCUACAUCCACCACGUCCGCCAAUACACCACAAGGUCAAGCUCAGGAGCAGCCCGCCACCCCGCUCCAACCACCACGUCCGCCAAUACACCACAAGGCCAAGCUCAGGAGCAGCCCGCCACCCCGCUCCAACCACCACGUCCGCCAAUACACCACCUAUGA